AUGCACUUCGACACAAGAACGGCCCCGAAGGCCAUCUUUCCAGUCACAUCGCAAGCUCGCCACUGCGGCCGACCCAUCCGUACUCGAGAAGGGAUCCUACAUGUUAGACGGCUCUCCAUACCCCCGGGCAUCACUCCAUCGCCCUUCCAAAUGUCCGACCCAUUCGACACUUCGUCUUUAAUCGUCCUCAACGAAAUUCCCCAAACCCAGCCAAAAAUUCUGCGGAAGAUAAGGGGAAUUGGCGGCGACGAGGAUGAAAUGAUGGCGAAUUUUGACAUGUCCCUCCGAGUGGGCCGGUUUGAUCGCGCGGCAGCCUUGAUCAGUCGGUUGAAGGCAUAUUACCCUGUCGAUUCCGCCGAGUUCCUGGCUUUUCACAAUCGGUAUCUCAAGGCAAUGGUCAAGCACAUGAUUUACACCCGUCAGGUCGAGAUGGCUUUGCCAUUGCAGAAAUGGUUCGAAGUCGACAUGCCUGCGGGCGGUGUGAAACCAGAUGCCACUACAUUUGCGAUCAUGGUUCGCAUGUCUCUUCGUAUGCUGCAUGGUUCUAAGCGGGAGAGGUCGGUUCGCCGGUACUGGGGCCUUGCUAAGCAGGCUGGUCUUCACGAAGACCUUCUGGCUAGUGAGGUACUCACUGACCUAGAACUUGGUGAAUUGUCCAAGAUCUGUUACUCCGAUUUGCUCACACCCAUGAUUGAUUCGGCCGCAUUCGACGAAGACCUGCCCAAGCAGUCUGUGGAGAAUAUUGAUGACAUGCCCGAGGUACUUGCAGCAGAACUGAAGGGUAUGGGUCUGAGCUCUCUGAAAGAAUCGCUGUCCCUGUUCACCGAUGGCUCUCAUGUUGCUUUGCCAGAGGGUUUUAAGGGUACGGAAGAGGAGAAAAGCGAACUUUACGCCCAGAUUCGACAACAACAACUUGAAUCCGACACAAUGAGAACGGCAUCAAAGCGAUGGCGUGCCGAGUUCGAGGGCAGAGUCAAGGCUGGUGUGGAUGUCGCUUCGGGUAGAUCAAGACUCAAGUCCGUCAUGAGCCAGUGGCAUACAGACCUUUCAGAUGCUAUCAAGAAAGAGAUCAAGCUUGCUGAGGAAGCCGAGACCCAGCCAAUGCGCACCGAGGAACAGAAAGCUCGUUGUGAGUAUGGCGUGUACUUGCAGUCUCUGGACUCGGACCGUUUAGCUGUGGUCACAGUCCUCUCCGUUAUGGAUGUCUUCACCCGGCACGGAAUGCAAAAGGGUACAAAAGUCUCGACGGUUGCAGCAUCCAUCGGAAAAGGUGUCCAAGACGAAUUGAUUGCCGAGGCUUAUCUCAAGAAAAACACCACAUCCGACUCUCGCCGACUUAAGAUGGUCAAAGAAAUGCUUGCUGGUCGCAGGAGCAAGGAUGGUCGUCUACAGUGGAAGGCCGUGUCCGAGAAUUUGCAGAAGGAACACGAGGAAUUUGCCUGGACGCCUCGUGUUACUGUCAGAAUCGGAGCUGUUUUGAUGGGCCUGCUGUUUGAUGUUGCCAAAGCUCCUGUCAAGACUACAGAUCCCAAAACUGGUAUCGUUACGACAACCAUGCACCCGGCUUUCCUGCAUGCCUACGAGAUGAACUUCGGAAAGCGAUUGGGUCUCUUCCACAUGAACCCUGAAAUUAUCGACAUUCUUAGCAGAGAGCCACCAGCAGAACUUCUCGGCCGCCAUCUUCCUAUGGUUUGCAAACCACAGUCAUGGACGGGAGCAAAGAAGGGAGGAUAUCGUCUAUACCAGAGCAACAUUGUUCGAUCCACGCCUGGUGAGACUCUACAGCCAGCCUAUGUGAAGGCGGCUUUGGAGAACGAUGGCCUCAAAGAUAUUCGCAAAGGACUGGACGUACUUGGCCACACUGGCUGGGUCAUCAACCGCGAGGUGUUCGAAGUCAUGCUUGAAGCUUGGAACUCUGGAGAAGGUAUUGCAAGUCUUGCACCACUUGAUCCGGAUCUCCCCAUUCCACCAAAACCAGAGCCUGAGGCCGGCUUCGCUGCCGAGCGGGACUGGCAACUGCAAAUGCGCGAUAUUGAGAAUCUUCGGUCCGGAUAUCACUCAAUGCGAUGCUUCCAGAACUUCCAGUUGGAAGUUGCCCGUGCUUUCCGCAAUGAGACCUUCUAUCUUCCUCACAAUAUCGACUUCCGUGGUCGAGCUUAUCCGCUUCCUCCUUACCUCAAUCAAAUGGGUGCCGACAACGCUCGUGGAUUGCUUCUAUUCAGCAAGGCCAAGCCACUGGGUGCGGGUGGAUUACGCUGGCUGAAAAUUCAAAUCGCCAACUUGGCUGGCUUCGACAAGGCCAGCAUGUCAGAGCGCGAACAAUUCGCUAUGGAUCACCUUGAUGAUGUUCUUGACUCUGCGAACAAGGGCCUUCAUGGCAAACGGUGGUGGUUGAAGGCCGAGGACCCUUGGCAAUGUCUGGCUGCCUGUUGUGAGCUUCGGAAUGCCCUGGCACUCCCCGAUCCCACGACGUAUGCCUCUAGCCUUCCGAUCCACCAAGACGGUUCUUGCAACGGACUCCAGCACUAUGCUGCCCUCGGAGGCGACACAGUCGGUGCCCAGCAAGUCAAUCUGGAGCCGUCUGACCGACCUUCCGACGUCUACACUGGUGUCUCUGAAUUUGUCAAGAAGUCUGUGGCGAAGGACGCUGCUGAAGGCCACAAGGUUGCGCUGGUCUUGGAUGGAAGGAUCACACGAAAAGUUGUAAAGCAGACCGUCAUGACCAAUGUCUAUGGUGUGACAUUCAUGGGAGCUAUGCGACAAGUGCGCCGUCAGCUCAACGACCACUUCCCCGAUCUCUCGAACGAAAUGAAGAAGGAUGGCGCGCUCUACAUUGCACGGAAGAUUUUCGAGGCUCUUGGAUCCAUGUUCAACGGUGCCCAUGAAAUCCAAUACUGGCUCGGUGAUUGUGCCACUCGCAUCACUCAAUCUUUGACGCCUGAGCAGAUCGAGUCGAUGGCCAAUGAGGCCUUGUCGCCCUCUCGGAAGCCUGAGAAGGGUACCAACACCAGGUUUGACCCAUCCAAAAAGUUCCAGUCCACCGUCAUCUGGACUACUCCUCUUGGUCUGCCUGUGGUGCAGCCAUACCGCACCCGAAAGGCCCGUCGUGUUGUGACAUCGCUCCAGACCGUCAGCAUCGUGGACCCCAGCGCCGAAGACGUGGUUUCUCGUCGGAAGCAGCUCCAGGCCUUCCCUCCCAAUUUUAUUCACUCCCUAGAUGCUACUCACAUGAUCAUGUCUGCGAACGCCUGUAACGAGGCUGGCCUCACCUUUUCCGCCGUGCACGAUUCUUUCUGGACCCAUGCUAGUGAUAUCGACUCCAUGAACAGCAUCCUCCGUGAGGCAUUCGUGCACAUGCAUUCCGACGACAUCGUGGGACGCCUUGCCGCAGAGUUCAACGUUCGUUACGGCAAGAACCUGUUCCUGGCCAAGGUUGACUCCAACAGUGAAAUUGGUCGCACACUGCGAAAACGCCGCCAGGCCAACCUUCGCAAUGCAAAAAUGGUCGAGCUGAUUGACGAGCAUCGCCGUCAGACUUUGCUCCGAUCAGACGAUCCUGCUGAACAAGCUGAAGGCCGCGCCAUGGAAACCUCCGCCGCUAUCUUCGAAAGGAUGGGUGGUACGGACAAGCACUUGGCUAUGGCCAGCACCUUGGGCGAGACCACUGUUGGCCACGUCCCUGACGACUUGGCUGCUGCUGAGCGAGGACCUUCCUCCAACGUCGAUACUAGCGACCCGGCCAUUCAGAGCCUGUUCACCGAGAUCGACAUGAUGGACACCCAGUCCUCCAGCGCUGACGUUGAGGCAGACGACACCAUGGCGACAGAGGAUGGUGCUGGAGAAGAAAAGCAGUCGACUAAGCAGAAGAAGAGGCAAAAGCCGCACACCUGGCUCUGGCUGCCUCUUCGCUUCCGGCCUGUUCCUACGAAGGGCUCGUGGGAUCUGAGCCGGAUUCGUGACAGCCAGUACUUCUUCUCUUGA